UUUUGUUGCUGUCAUGAGGAGAGAGUCCACCAUGGCUGCUUCCGUGGUUCGGUGGCUAAAAAGACUGUACGUUUUCAUGUUGACAUGUCCUCUCUGUGUCCCAGCCUUCUUGAAUUUCGAAGAGCUGAAUGAGAUGAAAUAUGGGAUUGAAAUUCUUCCAGACCCCGUCAUGUUGGGCCAGACCAAGACAGACGAGGUGAUGAUCGUGUCCAGCAAGUACAAGCAGAUGUACGAGUGUCGACUUCCAGCCCAGGCCGUCCGCUUUCAUCAGGACCCUGCCUCUGAGCCGGACUCACACGGGUACUCUGGGCCUGACAUCCCGGACCUACUCAGUCCAAUGCACACUGCCCAGUGUCUAGUAAAGACGAAGGACUGGUGGACAUACGAGUUUUGCCACGGUCAGCACAUCAGACAGUACCACCUUGAAGACACAGAAAUCAAAGGGGACAUUCUCUUCCUCGGAUAUUAUGAAUCUGAAUUUGAUUGGAGCAAUGACACAGCCAAGGCCUCCAAACAGCACCGGCUGAAGCGCUACCACAGUCAGACCUAUGUAAAUGGAUCAAAGUGUGACCUAAAUGGAAAUCACAGAGAGACGGAAGUCCGGUUUGUGUGUGAAGAAGGCUCAGGUGACUACAUUGCCCGAGUGGAUGAGCCUCAGUCGUGCCGCUAUGUGCUGACAGUUCACACCAGUCGUACCUGCCUGCAUCCGUUCCUGCAGCCGCCAUCCACUGCCAAGCCACAGAGUAUUGUGUGCCAGCCAGCACUCAGUGCCCAACAGUACAUGGAUUACGUCAAGGCUCAAGUCUCGGACACAAAGCGUAAAGUAGAGCAGAUCUCAGAGGAGCUGAGGAGUCUUGAUGAGAUGUUGUCUGGUAAUAAAGGGGCAGAUGGUGCAGUGGAAGUAACAGCAGAAGAUACAUCAUCUGCACCAAGUGAUGACCUGAACCUCUCCGAUACAAAAGAUACUGCUGAUGUAUCUGAGGACGCCGGGUCAGAGGAGACAGAAGAUUCUGACUUCUGGGACGGAGUUACAAAGCCACGGAGUUCAAAAGCAACUGCUUCUCAACAGGAAGAUCAGGCAGCAGAUGACGGCUAUAACUCGCUGACAGACAAUGAAGUCAUAGAUGAUGGUGAUGAAGGUAUCGCAUCUCUACCCCACACACACACACACACACACACACACACACACACACACACA